GGAGAAUUAAAAUACAAUAGAAUAAACACGUAUGCUGUAGGGGAAGGAAGCAUUUAUAAGAAUGACGCUCUAACGCAAAGGCGAGAGGUGAAUACAAUAAAUUGCCUUAACAAGAAUAUAUCAAAUUUGCAGAAGAGAACCAAAACGCAGGUGCAAAUAUAUAACACGUUGAGACGCGCGUGA